CAGCUGUCAAGAAGGGAUGGAGAAAAGAAAAUAAAAAAUGUAAACAGAUUCACCGGGUGAAACCAACAUGAAUCGAUUGCCGCUACGUGUUCGCGCACUAUCGGAAUGUUUCCGAAACAAAUCGCUGGACCCGGUGACUGUUACGGAACAGUUUUUGACGCAGAUAGAAUCCCACAAACCGCUGAAUGCAUUCGUGCGUGUAUCUUCUGCAAAAGCGUUGGAGCAAGCGGAAUGUUCCAGGGAUCGUUAUCGUAAAGAAAAACCAAAAAGUGUCCUCGACGGAGCAACGAUAGCUGUGAAAGAUAAUUUCUGCACAAAGGACAUUCAUACAACAUGCGCAUCUCGAAUGCUGGAGAAUUUCAUCCCAACCUACGACGCAACUGUUGUGGAACGUUUGCAGGCAAAUGGAGCUAUCCUUGUAGGCAAAACUAAUCUCGACCAGUUCGGAAUGGGUUCCGGCUGUAUUGAUUCUAUUUUCGGCCCAACACGCAACAGCUGGAGUGAAGAUUUAGAUGACAAUCGGUUUCGGAUUGCUGGUGGCAGUUCGGGAGGAUCGGCUGUAGCUGUGGCGGCCGGUUUAUGCUACGCAGCCCUGGGGUCUGAUACGGGCGGAUCGACCAGAAAUCCGGCAUCAUACUGUGGGAUUGUUGGUUUGAAACCAACGUACGGCCUUGUGUCUCGCCAUGGAUUGAUCCCGCUGGUGAAUUCAAUGGAUGUGCCGGGAAUAAUGACACGAACGGUGGACGAUUGUAUAUCCGUAUUGAAUGCUAUCGCGGGUCCUGAUAAUCGCGAUUCAACGACGGUUAAGAAACGGUACCAAAGCAUACCAGCGCUUGAGGACAACACUUCGCUUAAAGGAGUAAGAAUCGGUAUCCCAGUCGAGUACCAUUGCGAAGGGUUAGAUAAGGAAGUAAUGGAGACAUGGACCAUUGUAGCGGAUAUGCUCGAAUCUGCUGGUGCGACGGUGAAACCCGUUUCGAUGCCCAACACCUCGUCAUCAAUAUUCGUGUACUCAAUCCUGAAUCAGUGUGAGGUGGCUAGCAACAUGUCACGCUACGAUGGAAUAGAGUACGGUCAUCGAUCACAAGAGGACAGCAGUACCGAACAGCUCUACGCUCGUACCAGAGCUGAAGGAUUCAACGGUGUUGUGAAGAACCGUAUUCUAUCCGGCAACUAUUUCUUGCUCCGGGAGAACUACGAUAAAUAUUUCCAAAAAGCGUUAAAAGUACGGAGGCUCAUUAGUGACGAUUUUGUACGAGCUUUCAAGGAAGUGGAAGUACUGCUUACACCGACCACACUGAGUGAUGCUCCGCUCUACAAAGAUUUUGUACAAAGCAAUAAUCGGGAUCAAUGCGCUGUACAAGACUUUUGUACACAGUCCGCUAACAUGGCCGGUAUUCCGGCACUUUCAAUUCCGGUACGAUUGUCGUCCCGUCGAUUGCCAAUCAGUUUGCAGCUUAUGGGAGAUCAUUUUUCCGAACGGAAACUAUUCGCGAUCGCUGGCUGGAUCGAAAAAGAGGUAGAUUUCAUCGCGAACUACAACUAGAGGUAAAAUAAAGUAACCGUUAGCAUCGAUUAUCAUUACCUGUUA